UAACGCUCGUUUUCCUCGCUUUUCCGCUCGACAUUUUUCCAACGGCGGCCACAAUAAUUACAGGCGACAAAAGCGUGCAAACGGUUCUUUUUUUGUUUUCGAACGUUUUACUGCAAUUUCCUUCUCCGUCUGCGAGACGGUGGACUUUUUUGCGGCUUUGGUUUUUCCGUUCGCGUGUGUUUUCUUUCGGUAUGUUUUUGUGUUUUUCGCUGCGAAUACGGUAGCCAAAGGAAAGCCACGAUAAAAACACAAAGGGAAAUUGGGAAAACGCGGCGCCGCAACUUUUGCCAAAUUGAUUUUUAUUGUGUGAGACGCAGAGUUCAAGUAUUAUAUAAAGAAUCAAGCAGGGAAAAGGUGAAACUCGCUAAUCGUCGGUGAAAAAGGUCAGCGAAGCACAGUGCAAACGGGAUGUAAAGGAUUAGCGAAGUACAAACAAGAAAGCGAGUGAAAAACGAAGGAGAGAGAGGACGAAGGGCUCCACUUUUCGAGACGGCUGUUUCCCAGGGAGGCAAGGUGAAUCUGUUCCAGCACACGAUGUCAUCGAUCUCGGCGCAGGGCGUGGUCGAGCGUGCCUCCGCCGAAUUGUCGAAACGGAUCAAUGGGCUGGGGCUGCGGUCGAAGCACCACCACAGCAAUACAUCCAGUGGUGCUGGCGGUGGUGGUGGUGGUGGCGCAGGUGACCCUGCAUCCCCAGCCGGAGCCACUUCCACACCAGCGGCAUCUAGCGGAAAGACUUCGGUGAUGGAGCGCGUAACGAACGCCCUAUGCGGUGGUGGUAACUCAAAUUCCAACUCAGGAUCGAAUAGCUCCAAUAGCAACUCCUCUUCACCGGCUGCCGCUGCUUCUUCGCCCGCCAGCAACGCCAAUCCUCCACAGACACCGGACAAACCCUCGCGGGGCAGUAGCCCCAGUCCCGGAGGAAUCUCCAUGACCGGUGGCCAGUCCCAGGUCCAGAAUAGCUCCACACACCACCUCCUGCAACAGCAACAGCAGCAACAGCAUAUGCAACUGCAACAGUCCCAGCAGCAACAUCUCCAGCUGCAGGCCUCUACGCUGAUCAACUCCAAUCACCAUGUGAUGGUGGGUCCUGCCCCGCCCACUGGCAUGCCAUUGGGGGCGCCACCCACGCCCACAGUAAAGUCCAUUGCCAAGCAGAUGAACAUAACCAUACCGGGAGGUGGAGUUAAUCCAGGAUCGCCCACAUUUAGCACCAUGGGCAUGGUUGCCGCCCAGAAGGCGGCGGCCAGUGCUGGCGGUACACCGCUUCAGUUAAGAAAACAAUUGCCCAAUCCUCACCUGCACCAUCCAUAUGGCAACAUGGGCGUCAACCAGUCGCCUCUGAUCAUGCAACACCAGCUCCACCCGCCGCCUAUCCAUAGUAUCGAACAGCUGAUGCUGGACGAUCGCUUUCUCAGUCGCUUCUUCCAGUAUUUCUCGCCCUACGAGCGACGUGUUCUCGCCCAGGUGUGCGUCAAGUGGCGGGACACACUGUACCGGAGUCCGCGCUACUGGAGCGGCCUAUUGCCUACGCUGCAGUGCCGCGAACUGCGUCUAAUGCCCGCCUGUGAUCGCGGCAAACUCUAUAACUCGCUCAUCCGCCGGGGAUUCCAUGCUCUGGGAUUGGUCGGUGCCUCCGACGAGGAUGCUCUGGAUGUGGUACACUCAUUUCCGCUAGCCUCCAAGCACGUCCAUUCGCUAAGCUUACGCUGCUCCUCGAUCAGCGAUAGGGGAUUGGAGACCCUACUCGACCACCUGCAGAGUCUGUUCGAACUGGAGCUGGCUGGCUGCAACGAGGUGACCGAGGCGGGCUUGUGGGCGUGUCUAACGCCCCGAAUCGUAUCCCUGUCACUGGCGGACUGCAUCAACAUCGCGGACGAAGCGGUUGGUGCGGUGGCUCAGCUAUUGCCCUCCCUCUACGAGUUCUCACUGCAGGCUUACCAUGUCACGGAUGCGGCACUCGGAUAUUUCUCGCCCAAACAGAGCCACAGCCUCAGCAUCCUGCGACUGCAGUCGUGCUGGGAACUAACCAACCAUGGCAUCGUUAAUAUCGUGCACUCCCUGCCGCAUCUCACGGUGCUGAGCCUUUCCGGAUGCAGCAAACUGACAGACGAUGGAGUAGAGUUGAUUGCCGAGAAUCUGCAGAAGCUGCGCGCCCUGGACCUGUCCUGGUGUCCCCGCAUUACGGACGCCUCGCUCGAGUAUAUCGCCUGUGAUCUGAACCAGCUGGAGGAGCUGACUCUGGAUAGAUGCGUUCAUAUAACGGACAUUGGCGUGGGAUAUAUCUCGACGAUGCUAUCGCUGACCGCCCUCUUCCUCCGCUGGUGCUCUCAAGUUCGGGAUUUUGGGCUUCAGCAUCUGUGCUCUAUGCGGAACCUUCAGGUGCUAUCCCUGGCGGGCUGCCCGCUACUUACCUCUUCCGGUCUGUCCAGCCUGAUCCAGUUGAGGCAUCUACAGGAACUGGAAUUAACCAACUGCCCGGGAGCGUCGCACGAACUGUUCGACUAUCUGAAGGAGCAUUUGCCCCGCUGCCUGAUCAUUGAAUAAUCGGAUAGGUGGAUAUGGAUAGGGAUCCCUGAAGCUUACGGUGCACUAGUUUCGGUUUGGUUUUGGUUCGAUACGGCUAACCAUUCGAGUAUGCUAAUUUGGUACACUUAACCUCCAGUCGGCAAGUUCCUCGCGUGCUAUGUGACUUUAACUUUCCGUCAACAUUGUACUCUAUCCCUUAUAGUUUUUAUGAUUUCUGCUGUGAUUUGAUACGGAACUUAGUUAAGUUGAUCUGUUUAAGACGAUGAUGUACCACAAAAGACCCGAAGAUGAUAUUUAUUUACAUGCAAUACAAUAUGUCUAAUAUACAUAAAUAUAUAUUUAUAUUUAUAUUUAUAAAUAUACAUUAUUUAUAUUAUUGUAGUUUUUAACGAACGUUUUAUUUACUCUUCUCGCUGUAACUAAACAUACAGUCUACGUGUAAAUUACUGAAAAAUGAAACAACCAACUCAAAAAAAAAAUUAAAAACAAAACAUUGCGCCCAAAAGACGAACAAACAACAAAUAGAUACUACAAAAUACAAAAAUAAAAAACAAAGUGAAUCAAAAUAUGCAAUUAACUUACAUUAGUUCAAAGAAGCAAAACAACAAAAAAAAUGAAAAUUCGAAAAUAUUUACGAAUAUAGCGAAAACGUGCAAAAGUUGCCGCCAGCUUUAGAUUGAAAUUGCAAUUGAAAUUUACAAAAUCCUAGACUUUUGCAUCCCCUGACCAGUGAAACCUUACUUCGAUUGUACCAUAUGACUAAUCUGUAAUUAACUUACGGCUACUGAAAGUAUUUUAAGCAAGGUGUCGGUGACAGAAAGCACGCUACCAAUGAAGUCAAUAUUUAACACAAUGUUUAGCAAAUUGUUGUCAAAUUGCGAAUCGCAAUUUCGAAUCAUAAACAAUCGACUUCUAGCCGUCAAAGAUACUCUAUAUAUCUAGCUUAUGUUAUAGAGCUGCUCUCCUCAUUAAGUAAAGCCCUCACUCAAAUCUAAUGUAAAUGCUUUGUUUUUAAAUCCAGUGUGAGAGAGUUGCAUCAUGAACAUUAAGAAAAUGGAGAUUGAAAACUGCAGUCUUAAAACAACAACACAACUCUACAAGUACAUGAUAAAAUAAAUAAAUGGUAAAAUGAA